AUUAAUGAGAUAAUUUAGCGGGACUUGGAAAAGGAGAGGUGGAAAUGCUAAUAAUAGACCAUUCAGAGGUGGAAAUCAAAAUUUUAGAGGAAAUAGAAAUAAUAAUUAGAGGCCCAAUAAUCAACAAGGAAACUUUAAAAAUAAUUAGUUUAGGAGAUAAUCAAAUUAAAAUUAAAGUUCAGGUUACAAUAGAUCAAGAAACUAAAAUUAAAGUAGAGGAGGAGGACCUCAGAGAAGAAGAGGAGAUUAAAAAGGAUAAGGAUUUACAUAACAAAAUACAUAGCGAAGAAGGAGAUUUGGGUUCAAAUAAAAUAAUUAGAAUGUAAAUCGUAUUAUUAUUGGGUAGGGUGAAAAGAAAUAAAGGUUCAUCAAAACUGGAAGAAAGAAUAGAAUUAAUUCAGAUGUUUAUAAAAUAGCCAAGGAUUUACAAAGUAUAUCACAUCUUGUAUUAUUUAGGAAAAUCCAAAAUGGAAUAGGCAUUAGAUAAUUAUUGGAAGAAAGGCGAUUAAACAAAGAAUGAUAAGCCUACUCAAGAAGCUAAUAAUGAAAAAUGA